GUCAGAUAACUAACUGUUCUUGUAGCUGAGUGUGGUGGGUGGUGCACGGGUGGAUAAUAAUAUUAAUUGAGCCCUAAGCCUACUGCUUCUUUUUACUUGUGGCUGUGGAUUUAAACACAACGUGUCGUAGUUCAAGCUCAGGGUUUGGAGUGUGUGCAACCAGUUUAGCUUCCCAGCCAGUGUAAUUAUGUGUAGUGUCGGAUAAAAUUCAACGUGGUAUGCGUACGCUGUACUGUGAAGUCUCUAUAGUGUACUGCUCGGCUCAGGGAAUGAAAUGUUCAAAGGAGAUGGAGAGGUUGCACAAAGACUGGUUUAUGAGCUGCUUACUUUCGCCUGCAAACAAGGCAAGCGGCGACAGCCCACCAGAAGCACUGGUACAAGACCUAAUCAAAAGACCUUCAAAGUCGAUUGUCCAGCGAGGAUAAGAGUGGUGUGCAAAGAAGUUGAAGGACGAUGUGUACUUCAAGUCAAUAAAGCUGACCUGGAGCAUGUGGGACACCCAGUUGGAGCAGAGGCAUUUGAUCUGUAUCCAGAAAAUCGACGUUAUGUUGCAGAUGAUGAGUUCAGACGUUUAGUGUUGGCUGGAACAUCAAUAUCUGGACUUAAAGAAUAUAUUUCUACAAAGUACAACAAGUCUCUCCGUAACAAAGAUAUUUACAAUUACAGGCGGAGAAUCUGUGCAGAAGCCGGAGUUUCAACUGGGGAUUCCAACUCUCAAACGAAAGGCAAGAAACCCAAAAAACGAAUAAGUGGAACAGACACAACUGUGGCUGAACAAGUGGUGGCUGAAGUGCAGAAAAGACCACAGUUGUAUGACUAUCAGCACCCUGCCCAUACAGACAAAGUGGCUGUGGAAGUCGGAUGGGCAGAGAUUGGACUUAUCCUGGACAUGACUGCUGAGAAUGCCAAAAAUAUGUGGAACAAGCUACAGAGAAGUUACUUGAGAUUCAAAGCAAAGCAGGCGUCUAGUGAGCGUGGCAUGGUGAACACGUUUCACUUGCAGGAGCAGAUGGCAUUUCUAGAUCAGCAUAUAACCGUGAUCUGCACCGAAGAAAACCCUCAGGUGUCUUUCGAACUGGAAGAGGUUGAGUUUGAUGAAUACGCCCAUGUUCAAAAAUGUGAGGACGCAUCUGGUGCAAUGGUUGUGAAACCAUCAUUGCCCUCAGGGGGAAGCUCCUCUGUCAGAGCUCCCUCCGCAGGUACAGCUGUGAUCAAACAUUCACCUCCCAAAAGGAUGAGUGACCCCUUCGAUUCUGCGUGGGAAUCACGAUUCAACAACCGUGACCCUGAUCUAGAUUUUCUACAAGGUUUGUUGCCUCAAAUCAAGGAACUGUCUAAAAGCAGGAAAAGAGAAUACUUCCAUUCAAUUUCAUCAAUGCUGUUUACUUGUCUGAAGGAGCAAGAUGAGGCCUCUACGUGAACAUAUUUUUUUUUCAUUUUGUAGCUUUAAUCUUUUAUGAAUGGAUAUUAUAAUAAAAUUUGAAAUGAUACUCGUAAA